AUCAAAUCAAACACGGCAGGCUGCGGUCAAUGCGAAGAGUCAAAAGUCCAAUUUCGGUGACUCAAAGAGAAGGGAAGAAGGGAUUCUGAAUUUCUAACCCAACGAAGUGAAAGAACCAAUCGAACACUUUCAUUCUUCCGAAAUCGAAAUCCUGAGAUCGAAAAUGGUUACGGAGCUCAGCGAGAAAGAAGCAAUGAUACGCGACGUCGCAUUGCAAAUCGUUCUCUUCCUUCUCAUGAUUUUCAUGUACCUCGCCAUGCACGGCAUUCCCCAAAAACUCUUCGCCAAACUCCGUUUCCGAAACCGAACCUCCCUCCGAGCCAAACGUCACUUCGUCAAAGGCGCUCAGCUCCUCGACCAAGCCAGAAGAACAACACCAUCCAAUUCCACCUCCCUCGCCAAACAAGCCGAAGCCGAAGCCGAUCAAGCCAUCGCUCUGGACCCCAAAGACGCCGCCUCUUACCUCUUAAAAGCCAUGGCUCUCAUCCUCCAGGGCUUCCGUACUUCCGCCCUCGACGCGCUCGACGCCGCGUUGUCUCCACUCGCCGCUAAGUCUCUCGCCGACGCCGAGAGGGGCGACGCGCUUCUCAAGAGAGCCGAGUUGAAAAUCGCCUUGAAUCAACCCGGCCACGUUGACUCGGCCCUGGCCGAUUUGACGGAGUCGGUGAAGCUGAGUCCGAAAAACGCUAAGGCGUGGUGUAUGUUAGGGGAAUGCUACGAAGGAAACAAGAUGGAAGAAGAAGCCAUUAAGGCUUACAAGGAGGCUCUGGAAGUGGAGCCACGCUUGAGUUUGGCUCAAGAUGCGCUCAACAGGUUGGCUUCAUCAUGAGCUUCCAAACGACAUCGCUUUGUAAGGUUUGGUUAUUGCAAAACCUUGGAUUUGAACUCUAUGUUUAAUUAAUAAUUCUCUUGUUUCUAAUCCUAGAAUAUAGAUUCAGUAAUUGAAUGCUAAGAGUGAGCAGCAAUAAAUGAUUUUCUCAAAAGGAUUUGAAUUAUACAGCAUGUUGAAGUGUGAAAAUCUUAGUAAUAUGAAGGGGGAAAGAAACCCUUACCUCUGGAGAGGAUCUUUGUAUUUGAUCUUUCUUGUCCUCUUUAUGGAUCCUUCAUCCCAUAACGAUAGUCAAUAACUCAGCCUUU